GAACUGACGACUCUGAGCGUAAUACUGUUAAGAUUUGCAUUGCGCAUACGUGAAUUUUCUUCUGAAACUAGCUACAUAUUAUGCAGUUAGCGUGUUUGACAUUCGUUUCACAUUGCGUUUUAAAUCUCUAGAGCUAUAGCUUCGUUAAUGUGUGUGAAAAAAUGCAAUUUCCUUAUCUUUUUACGUGACGGUGCGCUUAAUAUCAAUUUGCUUUUGAAAAUCAAAGAUCAACAGUCGUUAAUAAAAAGUAUGACAAUAACGAUAAUGAACACAACUUAAUAUAUCUCUAACCUUUUACUCAAGACUGUGUUUCACAAACCAACUCACAAGAUGCGCAGUAGAAGCAAUUCUGGUGUCCGUUUGGACUACUACCAACGGAUAGUUCACAAAAUAAUUAUGAAUCAUCAAAAUCCUGUAACUGGACUUUUCCCAGCUAGUCCCACCAAUGAUCAUGCUUGGAUUCGCGACAAUAUUUAUUGCAUUCUUGCUGUGUGGGGUCUAUCAAUGGCUUACAAGAAGAUAGCUGAUGCUGACGAGGACAGAGCCAAGACUUAUGAGCUUGAGCAAAGUUGUGUAAAACUAAUGAGAGGCUUACUAAUGGCAAUGAUGCAACAGAAAGAGAAGGUAGAGAAGUUCAAGUCAACUCAAAAUCCACAUGAUGCCUUGCAUGCUAAAUACAGCUCUGUUAAUGGACAAACUGUGGUUGGAGAUACUGCAUGGGGACAUCUUCAAAUCGAUGCAAUUUCUCUAUAUCUUUUAAUUCUGGCACAAAUGACAGCCUCUGGUUUGCAGAUUGUCUUCAACUUGGAUGAGGUGGCUUUCAUUCAGAACUUGGUGUUUUAUAUCGAAUCCGCUUACUGUACUCCAGACUAUGGGAUUUGGGAAAGAGGAGACAAAACUAAUCACGGCUUACCUGAAUUAAACGCAAGCAGUAUCGGUAUGGCAAAAGCCGCGAUGGAAGCGAUGAACGAAUUGGAUUUGUUUGGUGCAAGAGGCGGACCCACAUCGGUCAUACACGUUUUGGCUGAUGAGGCACAGAAAUGUCAAGCCGUGUUACAGUCUAUGUUGCCGAGAGAAUCGAAUUCCAAGGAGCUGGACAGUGGCUUAUUAUCAAUCAUAAGUUUUCCUGCGUUUGCAGUGGACGAGGCCAACCUGAUUCACGAGACACGAGAAACUAUUAUCAAGAAAUUGCAAGGACGAUAUGGCUGCAAAAGAUUCUUGAGGGAUGGAUAUAAAACACCAAAAGAAGAUGUCAACAGGCUUUAUUAUGAACCAUGGGAGCUGCGUAUGUUCGAGAACAUCGAAUGUGAAUGGCCAUUGUUUUUUUGUUAUUUAAUAUUAGAUUAUUGCUUUCAAGGCAAUAAGGAAGCAGUUGAAACGUACACCAAACAUUUAGAAGAAGUAAUGAUCAAGACAGAAGACGGUAUGAAAUUGGUGCCUGAACUCUAUUCUGUCGCACCUGAGAACGUAUCAGCAGAAUAUGCCGAACCUGGUAGUCAAAGACGAAUAGCUUUAGGCAGGUGUCCAUUUAUGUGGGCGCAAUCUCUUUAUAUUCUAGGGAAAUUGUUGCAAGAAGGGUUUCUCGCGGUCGGCGAACUGGAUCCGUUAAACAGACGAUUGUGCAGCGAAAAAAAACCGGAUGUCGUGGUGCAAGUAGUUAUUUUGGCAGAGGACACAGAAAUCAGAGAGAAAAUUGCUCAACACGAUAUUCACGUGCAGACGAUCGCAGAAGUCGCACCGAUCGAAGUACAGCCUGCAAAAGUUUUGAGUCAUUUGUACACAUAUUUGGGGCGUAAUAAGAAACUAGGAUUGUCCGGACGUAAAUCGAGAGACGUCGGGAUUCUCAGUACUAGUAAACUGUAUUCCUUGCACGAUAAGAUAUUCGCGUUCACGCCGCAAUUGACAGAUAUGACCCGCUUCUACAUCGCAUCGGAUUAUGAGCUCAUGAUUGACAUAUUCAAAGGUGAAAUUAAUUUCUUGAAGUCUAGUUGGCAGAAUAUGUUGGGCCGACCCCUCGUGGUCAUGCCCCUCAAGAACAUUCAUCUAGAUCAAGGUAAAAUACCGUUAGCCAUGAUAACCACCAUGAAGAAGCUCAAGAGUGGCUAUAUCAACGGUACAAGAGUAUCGUUAGGAAAUUUGAACGAUUUCUUGAGCACGUCGUGUAUCACAAAUCUUAGUUUUCUAGGAAGUUCUGAAGACGGUCGUCCUGACAAAUUAAAUCCUCAGAUUCAACAAUAUUUAGAAGAACACUUGAUGAGACCGUUUCCUCAUCGUACGGGAUUGCUCAAUAAACACGUCCCGGUACGUUCGGCGAAAAAUUUGCGACGCAGGAUGUCCGUGAAAGGCGCGAUAAAAAAGACACGAUCCAUAGCUGUCGAACCCGAAAUUCUUGGAAUGGCAGGGGAAGACCGUAGACAUUCUUCUACUGUUUUGAGCACAAAUCCUUUUAUUGAAGUGACGGACACCACAUUGUCUAUCAACGCUACUCAACCAGUAAUGAUUGAGCGAACACCUUCACCGACGGACGAACUGUUAUCGUGGAAAAACUCUCCGAAAACCAAAAACAGAACGUCCGAGACUCAAUACGCCGAGACCGAAGUGGAAGAAUUACUGUCCAUGUUGCGCGAAACCGAAAGUCUCGAGGAACAAGGAGAUAUUCUGCAGUAUAUUGUCGACUCAAAAGGAUUAUACUUUGACACAGGCGUACUGGAAGAAGGACAUCCUGUUCUGGUGAAAGAUCUCCUAAAGAGCCUCUACGAGAAAGCCUGCCAGCAAAAAAUGUGGGGUAUUGUGCGACAUACCGCCGGAAUGCUAGGUAAAAGAGUGGAGGACUUGGCAAAAGCAGUCACCGAUCUUCUGGUCCGUCAAAAGCAAGUCACCGUCGGCAUGCCGCCAAGUAACGAGCAUACGAUAGUUGCGCCUUUGCCAGAGAACGAGUUGCGAGCGCUGAUCCAUCAGGCCUACGGCGACGACGAGUCGACGGCUAUGCUGACGCAGGAGUUGCUUGUUUAUCUAGCGAUGUUUAUCAGAACGGAGCCGCAGUUGUUUCUCGAAAUGUUGAGGCUGCGCGUCGGUCUGAUUAUUCAGGUCAUGGCGACGGAACUGUCGCGAACAUUGAAAUGUACCGGUGAAGAAGCUUCCGAACAUCUGCUUAAUUUAUCCCCCUUUGAGAUGAAAAACUUGUUGCAUCAUAUUAUGAGCGGAAAAGAAUUCGCCAUUAGUAGCGUCGGCCGUGGCAAUUUUUCUGUGAUUAGCUGCAAAUCAAAUAGAGUCAGCAAGAAAUCACAAAUCGGUGGUUUCUUAAGCGCCGAGCAAAAUGCCGAUGGCGCCGAAGCAGAGGUAGAUCGACAAGGUCAGUGGUUACGCAGGCGACGAUUGGACGGUGCACUAAACAGAGUACCGAGAGAUUUUUACCCGCGUGUGUGGCAAGUACUGGAAAAGUGUAACGGUUUAGCAAUAGAGGGGAAAGUGCUGUCCCAAAAUCUCACGCAGGAAAUGACAUCUGGCGAAUUGAAAUUUGCAUUGGCUGUAGAAACUGUUUUAAACACCAUACCGCAACCGGAAUAUCGUCAGCUUAUGGUCGAAGCUUUGAUGGUAUUGACAUUAGUAACCGAAUAUAACGUUGUGCCAUCUUUGGGUGGUCUGAUCCAAGUUGAAAACUUAGUACAUAAAGCAAACGCUAUUUUCUUGGAAGAUCAGAUGGCAAUCGACGGCGAUGCGACAUUAUGUUGCGCGAAACCAAAAGAGCAACGUGAAAUGACACCUAUGGGAACACUCCUCUGUGGUGGAGCAGCGUACAUUUGUCAACAUUUUUAUGAUACCGCUCCUAGUGGAAGCUAUGGAACGAUGACAUAUUUAACAAGAGCUAUCGCCGUGACUCUCGAUUGUUUGCCGAAGGAUGGCGAUCUGGAAUGCUCAAUAUCUUAGUACCGACAAUUUUAUUGAUAU